AUGGAAGCCCCCACGACCCAGCGUCCUGCCACGCUGCCCGGGCGCAAACGCAGCCCCUCACCUAAGAGCAAGCGCCAAACCCCACCGAAACAGCACGAUGUCCAGAUUAUCGAGCCCGAGCCGCUCCCCGUCCCGUACAAAGUCGGCCAACCCCGACUGUCCACGUUCGAAACAGCGCUCGUGAACACGCUCCCCCUCACCUACUUCAGUUCCAUCUGGUGGGUGGGCACGCAGACCGGGGUCUGGUCCGGCGUUUUGGUCUACGGCCUGCGAAAGGCGAUUUCGCAGAACUUCGGGGGUGAGCAGUUGCGGAAGUACUACAUGGCGCUGGCGGCCUACUGGCUGUUGAACCUCCUGUCCCCGACCAAGCAUUCCGGGUUUUUCCGCAACAAAUCGGUCCGCAACCUACCCAUGUUCCGGGUUUUGUCCUCCUACUACCCGCACAAAAACAUCGUCACCACGCCGCUGACCGGGAAAAAGUACUUUUUCGGGAUGCACCCGCACGGGGUGCUGGCGCUCACGCUGGCGCCGUCGUUCGCCGAGGGCUGCGGGUUCGAGAACGAGCUGUUCCCCCAGUUGCGGAUCCAAGUCUGCACCGUGGACGCCAUCUUUCUGAUGCCCUACGCCAACGAGCUGAGCCAGACCGCGGGGAUGGUGACCAACCAGAAGAGCCAGAUGGUGAAGAACUUGGCGAACAAUAAGUCUUAUCCCGUGUAGAAAAGAUCAGAUAAUUGUCGUGGUUGGACAAGCACUUGCAUAACAAGUAAUUUUACUUCAUACCUUCUGACACUGCAUGAGCAAUUGCAGUUUUCACUUCUUCGUAGGGGAAAUUUGUGAUGCGCUGGGUAGUACAACCACUGCGGCUAUACAUGAUCAUCUUGUUGUACCACUUCAUAAACCCAUCGCGAACUACAUUGGUGGCGCGGACGAGGCGCUGCUGUCGGGCGGCGGGAAGAUGCGGUUGAUUUUGAAGAAUCGGAUGGGCUUCGUGCAGGUCUGCGUCGCGACCGGGACGCCGUUGGUGCCGUGCCUCGCGUAUCAACCGCAAAUAUGUCUGGGUCUGGGAGAAUGUGAGGUUUGUCAUGCAUAUCUUACAUGAUCUUAAUCCAUGAUGUCUGUGAUGCAUGCCUGAGCAUCACAGAUUUUUUGAAAGCGUCUUCAUGCCUAUUCUGCAUGAGAAACACCCUCUCCACGUUGCAAAAACCUGACUCCACUUGCUGCUCACGCAAUAGAGAUUUUUUUCGAGUCCCAAUGUAGCAUCACAAGUUGCAUCCCUCCCGACCCAGACAUAUUUGCAUUCCAUAUCGCCUUCGGGGAAACCGCUUUGUACCGACAGGUCUUCCACCCGGCGUUGCGCAAGCUGCAGCUGUGGAUGGGCAAGCACCUGCCGAUCUCGUUGCCCGUGGCCUACAACGGAUUGAAGGAAGACCACUGGAUAUGCAAGAAGAAAACUGUGUAAGUGUAACUUUUUUGGAGGAACAGCAUCACAAGUUUGCUCUGCAUGACAGAGAAAACCUGUCGUGCGUAGCUACUACGUGAAAACACGUACGAAAAGAGCCUCUGAUGCAUGUUCAGCAUGACAGUUGUAAGCGUCUUGCAUCGUCUGCAACACAGAGGUACAGCUACACAGUUUUUUCCUUGGAUACUGGAUCACGCCCUUCCGCCCGCGCCGCGUGCCGACGUUCACGGUGUUCGGGAAGCCGAUCGAGUGUCCGCUGGUGGACAAGAAGAGAGAGCCGGAGCGGUUUCGCCAAGUCGUUGCGGAAAAGCACGCGGAAUACGUUGCGCAGUUACGGGAACUGCACGAGAAGUGGAAGUAUGGAAUGCGAAUAUGUCUGGGUCUGGAAGAUUCGGAGGCCUGUCAUGCAGAUUUGCCAUGAUCCAUGUCGUCUGGAAUGCAGGACCUAGCGUGACAGGAUGUGCAGCCCCUUUGUGAUGCCUGUUCUGCAUGAGAAAUGCCCUCGCAGCAUGGCCAGAACUGAGCGCCUUUUGCACGUCACGCAACACAGAAAUUUGCAUGAUCCGCAACAUGCAUCACAGGUUCGCACCCUUCCAGACCCAGACAUUCAUAUUUGCAAUGCAUAGGAAGCAUCUGGGGACGGCGGAAGACCAGGAGUUGGAGAUCUUGUCGGUGGAGGAAAGUCGGAAGCCGCAUGUUUUGGGCGACUUGAAACGCGGGCAGGAGAGAAUGGAUGAGCUGAAGAAAUUGCAGCAGUACGAUUUACGGAAGGGCGGGAAAGUGUUGCUGGGAGGGAGUGAGCACUUGCGGUAUAAUGCCAGCUUGUGAUGAAGAUAGUUUUUCGAGUCUUUUUUUGUAAGCAAAAAUUUUGUUUCCCUGUGAAGCUGAACUUACCUGACUUGCAUGAAGCAUAUACUUACGCAGAAACUGUGUCGGCCAAGUCCAAGUCCGAGUGUGUAUGGAGUAAGGUACAGUUCGUUCAGAUAAAUGACUUUUUGAGACAAUACCAUGAUAGAUAACAUAGCAUAAAACUAAGAGCACUUUUGUUUUUGCGCAGUGCCGUAAGUCAUCUUCCGUUGUGAUUAUUGAUAUGCUACUUUCCACCUUCCUGCACUUGCUGUGUGAUUAAACAAAUUUUCCAUGUUUUUAUUUUAUUUUUUUGCAUACAGUACUACAUCGUGAAUGAACGGGAAGUUUGGGUCGGCUUUCGGGUGUAGCUCGAGUUCUGCCGUAGUGAAGUCAUUGCGCUUUGACAAAGAAAACUGCACUGUUUCUACAGAAACAGAUCUCAUGGCUUUUUGAAAUCAUAGCACCCUUUAGUAACUUGGCAAAGCUUUUGAACUGAUGUUCCUUCAAAUCUUUGGCUCUAGAGGCAAGUACCUGACAACGCACUGGCAAUGGAUUUUGGAAACUAUUCAGGUUUGUGUCAGCGGAUGGAAAUCGUAAUUUCUUCUUUCAAAAACCAAAUUUAACAUGUGUUCCUUGCACCUAUUCAUGGUCGUAGCUGAUCGUAGAAUUUGUCGCGAGACCCAAUUUAAUGAAAUCGCUUCCGGGACAGAUAAGAAAUUGUAAAUAGAAGCACGUCUACGAAGACAUAAAAUCACAGGGGUUGGAUUACUGAAAAGCUUUGGUAGCGGCAGAUAGAGAUCUCUAGUUCAUGCGAAUUAUGUGGGCACACACUAAGCGCAUUUUUUGACGAAUGGACUUGUAGGUGUGAUUUGUUUGUCUAAUUUAUGUCCAAGUGUUCAGGUUGUGCCAAUUGCUUCCAAGGC